AUGGUGGACAAUUUCCCUGAUGACCUCUGCAUUUCCACCCCACACGUCGUCGUCUGUGAAUACUUCUCCGACACCACGUCGUUGUCCGCCACCUCCGUCACUCCCCACAUUACUGAGCUGAGCCUUGGUUAUGUAUCAGACUACUCUACGAAUCCACCUUGCAAUUCCAAUUCUACUCUUGACCCUUUUCUCUUUUCUCCAGUCACUCACUUAAGAAAACAGUUCUUCUACGAAUGCUUCACUGAAAUGAAAAUCCCAUUCCCUGAUUUCUCUCCAUUAUCUUCUCGAAACUCUACUAUAGAAGAACUCAUUUUCAUUGAAAACCCAGCUUUAUAUGGUUCAAUCAGUGACCAUUUAAGCGAUUUAAGCAGUUUAAAAAGGUUCAUUUUGACAGGAAGCAAUGUUUUUGAUGAAAUACCAGGUUGUUUAACUGAGUUAGUGAACGUGGAACAGCUCUCUCUUUCAAGUAACAAAUUUGAAGGUGAUAUUCCAACGAAUUUUUUUCGUAAAGUUAAAGAUAAUGAAGAUUUUCGAUUUAAGUGUAAAUGGGUUUCAAGGAAAAUCCCAGAAAACUUGAAAGGUUUAAACAAGCUAGAAUUUUUAGACUUUAGUUACAACAAUUUUGGUAAUUUUGGAAUGCCAUUGUUUUUGGGCGAGAUGAAAAGUUUGAGGGAAGUGCAUUUAAGUGGGAAUUUUCUUGGAGGGCAGAUUCCAGAAAUAUGGGAGAACCUCGAGGGCAUUUUGGGAAUAGGACUUUCCGAGAUGGGACUCGUUGGGAAUAUUCCGGCGUCGAUGGGGGAGCAUUUGAGAAAUGUGUGUUAUUUAGGGCAUGACAACAACAAACCUGAAGGGACAGUGCCUAAGGAAUUUGGGACAUUAGAAUUUGUAAGGGAGUUGCAUUUGGAAAAUAAUAAUUUGGGUGGAAGACUCCUGAAUCCUCUUCAAUGA